ACUGCGCUUACGUACAUAUCAAUCCGACGUGAAUCCCACUUCCUGGUUACCUUCCAGCUAACUCAAAAAACUUGCACCAUUCAACAACAACUAACAAGCUCCAUCAGGCCAGGGCGACAGCACAGUGCUGGGCAGGAUCGGAGGGUCCGGGAAGGAACAAAGAAAAACUGAAGAGGAAAAGAAGGGGUGAGUGGGCGGAUGAGGGAUUGAAGCUGCACAGAGAACCUGGAGAGGAACAGAGGGACUGAAAGAGAGGAGGAGAAUACUAGUAACAAACAACAGAGGAGCUCAAAAGGAAUCCAAACAGCUCUGAGACAGUGUACGGCCCGGUAUGGAGGAUUUCAGACGGACCUACCUGCGUCUGUGUAAGGAGGGGGGCGUGGAUCCCCAGGAGUCAGUGCUAGCUCAGCUCCAGGAGACCAGGGGAGCCGCAGCAGGAUCCAGGCUGGACCUGAGGGGACACAGCCUGUCUGUAGACACCUGUGCCGUGCUGGGGAGGGUCCUUCACAAAGACACACUCUUCACCGAGCUGGCCCUCAGUGACUGCAUGCUCACUGAGGAAGGUGCCAAGCUGCUCCUGAAUGGGCUGUGUGCCAACACUACUGUUAAAGUCCUGGAUCUGAAGGGAAAUAACUUGAGAUCAACAGGAGCUGAGGCUUUAGGGAAGCUGUUGGUGAGAAAUAAGACACUGUGCAGGCUGGUGUUGGAGUGGAAUGCGUUGGGGAUGUGGGAGGAGGCGUUCUCAGUGUUCUGUGAGGGUUUGGCCACCAACGCCUGUCUCACCCAGCUGGACCUGCGCAAUAACCAGAUCAACCACCAGGGGGCCUCGGAGCUCUGCCUGGCCCUCAAGCGGAACAGCACCCUGCAGGAACUGGAUGUGAGGUGGAACAACAUUGGUCUGCUGGGUGGCCGGUCCUUCCUGGAGGCUCUACAGCAGAACAGGACCCUGACACACCUGGAGAUGGCUGGAAACAACAUCCCCAGCGACACACUCAAAGCCCUCGAGCAGGCGAUGGAUCAUAACUCGGACAGGCAGUCCACUGUGAGAGAGAGCCGCAGCAGAACCCAGGUCCUCAGCAAGGAGAUCCAGAUCCUCAAGGAGGAGAAGGGACGCCAGUUUCUGAGUCUGAUGGAGACCAUAGACAAACAGAGAGACGAGAUGGGCCGAAGCACCAGGUCAGCGACCACAUCUAUCCAUGUGGGUCAGCUACAGGAGGCCCUGAACGAGAGGAAGUCUGUUGUCAACUCUCUCACAGCCAAAUUCCAGAUGACUGAGGCAGCACUGGCCAUGUCGGAACAGAAGAACCACAACCUGGGAGAGCUGCUGACCAGAGUGAAGACUGAGAAAGACGAGCAGAGAGAACGACAGAGCAGGGAGAGGAAGAAAGAACAGGAGGACAGUGCUCUGAGGGAGGGGAAGCUCCUCAGAGAGAUUAACAGUAUGUCAGAGACAAACGUACAGCUCAAGAAUAAGUUGGAGAAGAUGGAGAGCAGGUGUAAGUCUCAGCAGGACCAGAUUUUUGAGCUGAAGCAGGAGCUCACCAACAGCACAGCAGAGCUAAAGCUACGGCUAGCACAGGCAGAAGAGCGUUUGGAGAUGGAGAAGAAGAGAUCUAAACAGUCUCUGGAGGACAUGAAUAACCUUCGACAGAAAGAGGUGGACCAUGUGAAUCGUCACCUUGAGGAGAGUCAGAGGGCUCUACAGGACCGGAUCCUCAAACUGGAGGGACAGAGGAUACAGCUGGAGGAGGAGUUGAGCAGGGCCAAGGCAGCCUGUGUUACAGAGAGAGCCCAGGCAGAGGAGGAACAGGGGAAGGUGCGGGUACAGGUUCGCCUGGAGGAGCAGCAGCGUGUGAGUGGGUUAGAGGAGAAGCUGCGUGGGUUGCGUCAGUCCCGUGAUGAGUCCCAGAGCCACUGUUCCCAGCAGAAACAGACCAUAGCUGAGCUGCAGGCUCGUAGUGGACAGCAGAGCAUCGAGACAGACGGACUACGACGCAGGAUAGAGGAGCUGCAGCAGGAGUUGUCUGGUAAGGACCAGGAGAAGGUUGCAGAGGUGAGUCGGGUCAGGGUGGAGCUACAGGAGCAGAUGGGACACCUGCAGGCUGAGAGGACCGCACAGGGAGGACUGAAGGAGAAGAUAGCUGCUCUGGAGAGAGAGAUGAAAGUGCUGGCCAGUAACCACAGAGAGGCCACCCUGGACAAGGAGAGUGAGAUAUCAUCUCUGUUUGAGAAGCUGAGACUGAGAGAGGCAGAGAUCCAGAGGAUGAGAGAGGACGAGGCCCAGAGAGCUAGCUUCCUCCAGAACGCUAUACUCACAUACGUACAGGGGUCACCGCUGCACUACAGUCCUAAGAAGUGACCUCUGACAUCUAACCUUUGACCCUUCCCAUCCUUAUGGAGGGACUAAGUAUAGGGGUCACCACUGGGGUUCUGCAGUCCCAAGAAAUAACCUCUGACCCCUAACCCCUGUCCCAUUUACCCCUACAACCUUGUGCCCAUACACCCUCACAAAGUGGGAUACUAAAGUGACCCAAACCUUUCUAUUACACCCAUACUCCAUGUGUUCCUCUCCGGUCCUUCCCCCUCUGCCCUUUGGUCCCUCCAGCACAAAAUAUCAACAGCACAGAUAUUCACCUCUAGACAUCUGCAGCUUCGGGUGUACAGUGCAUUCGUAGAGUAUUCAGACCCCUCGACUUUUUCCACAUUUUGUUACGUUACAGCCUUAUUCUAAAAUUGAUUAAAUUGUUUUUCCCCCCUCAUCAAUCUACACACAAUACCCCAUAAUGACAAAGCAAAAAUAGGUUUAAAAAAAUACAGAACUGAAAUAUCACAUUUACGUAAGUAUUCAGAACUUUUACUCUGUACUUUGUCAGCGAUUACAGCCUCGAGUCUUCUUGGGUAUGAUGCUACACCUGUAUUUGGGGAGUUUCUCCCAUUUUUCUCUGCAGAACCUCUCAAGUUCUGUCAGAUUGGAUGGGGAGCGUCGCUGCACAGCUAUUUUCAGGUCUCCAGAGAUGUUCAAUCGGGUUCAAAACCAGGCUCUGGCUGGGCCACUCAAGGACAUUGAGAGUCUUGUCCCAAAGCCACUCUUGGGUGUAUGUUUAGGGUUGAUGUCCUGUUGAAAGGUGAACCUUCGCUCUAGUCUCAGGUCUCUGUACUUUGCUCUGUUCAUCUUCCCCUCGAUCCUGACUAGUCUCCCAGUCCCUGCCUCUGAAAAACAUCCCCACAUGAUGCUGCCACCACCAUACUUCACUGUAGGGAUGGUGCCAGGUUUCCUCCAGACAUGACGAUUGGCAUUCAGGCCAAAGCGUUCAAUCUUGGUUUCAUCAGACCAGAGAAUCUUCUUUCUCAUGGUCUGAGAGUCUUUAGGUGCCUUUUGGCAAACUCCAAGUGGGCUGUCAUGUGUCUUUUUACUGAGGAGUGGCUUCCGUCUGGCCACUCUACCAUAACGGUCUGAUUGGUGAAGUGCUGCAGAGAUGGGAGAACCUUCCAGAAGGACAACCAUCUCCACAGAGGAACUCUAGAGCUCUGUCAGAGUGACCAUCGGGUUCUUGGUCACCUCCCUGACCAAGGCCGUUCUUCCCCAAUUGCUCAGUUUGGCCGGGCGGCUAUCUCUAGGAAGAGUCUCGGUUCUUCCAUUUAAGAAUGAUGGAGGCCACUGUGUUCUUGGGAACCUUCAGUGCUGCAGAAAUGUGUUGGUACCCUUCCCCGGAUCUGUGCCUUGACACAAUCCUGUCUCAGAGCUCUACAGACAAUUCCUUCGUCCUCAUGGCUUGGUUUUUGCUCUGACAUGCACUGUCAACUGUGGGACCUUAUAUAGAUAGGUGUUUGCCUUUCCAAAUCAUGUUGAAUGAAUUUAAUUUACCACAGGUGGACUCCAAUUAAGUUGUAGAAACGUCUCAAGGAUGAUCAAUGGAAACAGGAUGCACCUGAGCUAAAUUCCGAGUCACAUAGCAAAGGGUCUGAAUACUUAUGUAAAUAUGGUACUUCUGUUUUUUUUAUUUUUAUAAUACAUUUGCAAAAAAAUUAAUAAUAAUGAACUGUUUUUUCUUUGUCGUUAUGGGGUGUUUUGUGUAGAUUGAUGAGGGGGGGAAACUAUUUCAUCCAUUUUAGAAUAAGGAUGUGACCUAACAAAAUGUUGAACAAGUCAAGGGGUCUGAAUACAUUCUGCAUGCACUGUAGUUUCUCUCAGACUCAGUCCCAGUCAGGGAUAGUAAUAAACUGUUGUGUUCACAAGCUACUUACACCAGGUUUUAAGAUGUGCUCAUCGAUAUCAAUGACUGACAGUUAUUACAUGUCACAAUUCUUGAAGCUUUUAUGGUUGUACAAAUCAGCAAAUCAAGUGCAAUUGAAUGGUGUGUGAUUAGAGCUGUGACAGUCAUAAAAUUUUGUCAGAUGGUUAUUGUAAUGCAAAAGACUGCCUGUCCCACUGGUAAUUUACCAUUAAUUAACAUAAACACUUUUAGCAUCUCCAGGCGUACCUUUGGAACAUCAACAUUUUAAAAAGUCUAAGUCAAUUUACUAUACACCAUCAGAAUAAAUCCAUUUAUUUAUUUUAGUUAGGUCAAAAGAAAAUGUAUUUCAGAAGAACAAAAUAUGAGUUGGCCUACUGUAAAUUAUGUUAUAUUUUUCCCAUUACAGAGCGACUACGCAUAUGAAGUGACUAUGUUGAGCGAGAAUGUGAUCUUUUGAAACAACAGGUCUUUACUAUGUAAAAUUACUUUUGAAUUUAGAAUGGCCCGUUAUCCAAUGGACAUAAAGAGGAGCAGGGGGAAAAAUCCGUCAUCUGUAUGCACUGGAAUAGCGAAUGAAGGCCACACGCUUUCUCGCCAGUCCGUUUUGUAAUCUACUUGGGUUUUAUAGCAGAGAAUGUGCUUAAUAUGAGAAGCUGAGAAAUGAAUAUAACAACACUUAUUUCACUCCAUGCAUCAACCAGUGUUUGAGAAGCAUGCUCUCACUGCCCUGUUAGGUGAUAUUCUGCCCAAACGCUUUAUGCCAUGGGCUCUCCAACCUUGUUCCUGCAGCUACCCAGUGCUUCAUUUGGGAAACCAAGUGAAAUCUGUUCGGGAACAUCGAUAAUAACAUGUUUUCGUAACAAAUCGUAAUUGUAUUUUUUUUUUCGGGUUUGGGCUCAUAAGCCUAUGCAAAUGCAUAAGCUCUAAAAUGUGUAUGGGUGUAUUAAAUGAAUCAUCACCUUUUGAAGUCACUGUCCAUUUCAUUGUGUUAGGCUUUGAAAAUACAAACACUUACUGUUUCAA